AUGGCGGUGCAGGUGCUCUUCGAGACCACUUCGGCUCUGCUCCUGCGCCUGCAGAGCAACGUCUGCGAAGAGCCCGUCAAGAUCUGUGUCUCGCCCCAAGUCAAACCCGCCAUCGUCGAGCAAUCUUCACUCACUGCAGUAUCCAAGUACUUCUUCCGCGAUUUCAAUCCAGACAAUAACUAUGCUUGGUUCAACGGAAUCGAGCAGAUGGACCGCGAGUAUGACUGGAGCAAUCAUACAUCCGAAGCUCGCAUCAUCUUCCUAUACUGGCUGGUCAACAAGCGCACGCCAUACCAGAGCGAGAUCACCAUCUUGUCUCUAGGUGCAGACCAGGGUUACCAAUGCCUACUUGCACAGGCCUACUCGCUCGCACAAGAGAAAAGCGUGCUCAAGAUGACGAAUGAUGUGAUGCGUCAGUUUAUUCCUACACUGUUACAGACCGAACUCACUGUAACGAGCAUUCAGGCUAUGCUGAAGAAGCCGGCUCUUACGGCAGGCACGAUGCUGAGGCUGGCCAUCUGCGAAGAGGUCAUCUUUCUGGAACGACGUGGCAAACAGCUCCUGAAGCAUCUCGACCUAAGAUGGGCACUUCGUUUCGAUGGCGACAUGUAUACCGCCCAGACCCGAUUCACAGCACGAGGCAAGGUCCGAGGAAAAGCUGAAGACUUCUUCGUAGAGGUCACAUCUCCAAGUGAUUCGGAUGUGCCACCUCGUCCGCCACGACGUGGACCACGAGACGUGGAUUUCUCGCGCCUGGCGGAAGAUAUCAUGCGGCCUAAACCUCAACCUAGGGCGAAGCGAAACUUCGACAAGCCGAGGAAGCCAGGGAGUCGUGCACCUAUCUGGGAGCCAGUCGUAAUAACACGCACCUUUCGCCUUCCAGAGGGAACAACUCUGCAGGACCUCCUGCCGCAAGGUACCAUGUUCGCCGAUGAUAUCGACGAGGAAAUGCUGUCAGCUGUCGAAGAGUGGGAUACAGAUGCCGAGACACUUGCAGACACUGCCACGCCUGCUGGAAGCUUCAUCGACACGCCGGCGGACCUUUUCAUGGACACUCCUGCUAUGUCGAUCAUAGCUGACGACUCGACAAUGGUCGGUGACGACGCAACCAUGGCGGAAGCAACACCCGCUUCGAAGAUCACACUCCUGGAAGCCGAAAACCGACACCUCAUCGAGAAUGGCCUGUGA